UCCAAUCUUUCUCCUUCUUCUUCCUCUUUCCCCACCGCCAGCCACCAUUAGCCGCCCUUUCUCCUCUGCUCCCACCCCCAGGGCCGUCCCGCUCUUUUCCCCUACGCAACCCUAACCCUAGACCGUCCGGCCUGCUGCCCCCGCAACCUCAACCUAAUGGCGGAUGAGCCGCAGCCAGAAUCAGUUCCCCCCGCCGCCGCCGUGCCGGAGGACGACGACGAGGAGGAGGAGGAGGAGGAAGACGAGGAGGACGAGGAGGACGAGGAGGAGGAAGACGAGGAUGACGAGGAGGAAGAAGCGGAGGAGGAGGAACAUGACGAGGAGACGGAUGCGCUGCUGGAGCGCGCGCAGGUGGUGAUCUCGCGGGUCCUCGAGCAGGAGGCCGACCCCAACCCGCGCCUCAUCCACACCCUCGCCACCAUCUGCGAGGACCAGGAGGCUAGACAUUUGCAAGACUGCGCAAAUGAUCCAUCCUUCAACAAUGCAAACACGAGGGGCUCCCAUACAAUAGGCAAGCUGGCGAAUUUGAUAAAGGAUAACGAUGAUUUCUACGACCUCGUCUUCUGUAAGUUCUUGUCGGAUACAUCAUACUCCGUGGCAGUACGCUGUGCUUCUGCUAGGCUGCUCCUGAGCAUCAAUGAUGCGUUGGCGUCCCAGUUCCCGCACGCUUUUGAAGAUGCUACUAUUGAAAAUCUAAAAAAAUGGAUAAGGGAAGACGCCCAGGCAUGUGAUUGGAAGCAUUUUGGGAAUGGUGAAAACCCCACAGAUACUGAGAUGCUGAGAACAUAUGCUGUUGGGUUGCUUUCCAUGUCGCUGCAUAGUGGUGGGCAAUUGGUAGAAGACAUCUUGAACAUUGGGGUAUCAGCCAAGCUAAUGCAUUUCUUGCGAACACGAGUCUAUGGGGAUGUCACAUCUUCACAGCAAGAUUCCAAGCAUCCUCAGGGUAGAGAUGAUAACAGGGGCAGAGUACGGCUUCUUCAAGACAGUUUGGUAUUGGACGGAACAAGGGAUGGAGAUGGAAUGCCGACUGACCCAAUUUUGGAAAAAGUGCUUGAUCAGGGUGCUGUGAUGAGGCAAGCAGAGGGAGAACAGUUGAUGGAUGCCACUGUUGACAUGCCCCAGCCAGAUGGGCUAAUGUGCUCAGCUGGUUCAGAUGCAAAGUCAGUCUAUGGGGAAAAGCAUCCUGCAUGUGAAAGCUUGAGAGAUGAACUCUUGAAGAAAAAGCUGAGUCGUGCAGGAUCCCGAUUAAGAGGGAAAAGCAAAGCAGGUGAAAGGUUGCUUGAUAUUGAACAGACACCUUUAUCACCAACCUCAGCAUUGGGAGUUGGAAAUCGGGCUAGCAAAGACAAGAAUGAGGAUAAGGUCGAGGUCCUAGAGAAAGCAAUCAAUUUGAACAAUAGCUCUGAAGCCUUUGAGGCGGCUUAUACUCUUAUUUCUAAAGAAGAAUAUGAAGACCGGUUCAGGGAUUGCAUAAUUGGCUUGAAGGAUAUAACUGAUAUUGUUCUGAAGGCAGUUAGAGCUGCAGAAGCUGAAGCCAGAUCUGCAAAUGCACCUGAGGAAGCUGUGAAAGCUGCAGGUGAUGCUGCUGCUGAGCUUGUGAAAUCUGCUGCUUUAGAGGUUUGGAAGAGUGAAAAUAAUGGCGAUGCAGUUGUAUUAGCUGCUGAGAAGGCUGCAAGUACUGUAGUGGAUGCUGCCAUGUCCACUAGUGUUUCACGAAGCUCUGACCAAGUUAAGGAGGUGCAUGUGGUUGAAGAAGAUGUGAAAAUCAGUCCGGACCAGGAUUUGGAAGAUUUUGUUCUCCCUGACUACGAGCAGCUCUUGCAACUUAGAGAAAAAUAUAGCAUUCUGUGCUUACAGGUUUUGGGAGAGUAUAUCGAAGCUUUGGGUCCUGUUCUGCAUGAAAAGGGUGUUGAUGUUUGCCUUGCCUUAUUGCAACGGGUCAUCAAAGACCAGGAGGGAUGUGGCCACGUUUCUCUACUUCAUGAAAUCCUUAAACUAAUUUGUGCCCUGGCUGCCCACCGGAAAUUUGCUGCGCUAUUUGUUGAUCGGGGUGGUAUACAGAAGAUCUUCUCUGUCCCUAGAAUUACUCAAACAUAUACUGCUCUUUCUGCGUGCUUAUUUACUUUUGGUUCCCUCCAGUCUACCAUGGAGCGUGUUUGUGCGCUUUCAUCUGACACACUCAACAAUGUGGUUGAGCUAGCUCUUCAACUCUUAGAAUGCCCACAAGAUUCAGCUAGAAAGAAUGCUGCCAUAUUCUUUGCUGCUGCUUUUGUGUUCAAAGCUGUUCUGGAUUCAUUUGAUGCACAGGAUGGGAUGCAAAAACUUCUGAGUAUUUUACAUGUUGCGGCAUCUGUAAGGUCUGGGGGCAACUCUGGAGCAUUAGGAUCUUCCAAUACGAAUGAAGGGAAUGAUCGAUCACCUGCUGAAGUUCUGACUGCGACAGAAAAGCAGGUUGCAUAUCAUUCAUGUGUUGCACUGCGUCAGUAUUUUAGAGCUCACCUUCUCCAGCUUGUUGAUUCCAUUCGGCCAAGCAAGAGUAUCCGUAGUAUUGCUCGGAAUACUUCCAGUGCAAGAGCUGGCUACAAACCUUUUGACAUUGGCAAUGAGGCUAUGGAUGCUAUUUUUCUUCAGAUCCAGCGGGAUAGAAAGUUAGGACCUGCUCUUGUGAGAACUCGCUGGCCUGUGAUGGAUAGAUUCUUGCUCUCCAAUGGUCAUAUAACGAUUCUGGAGUUAUGCCAGAGUUUACCUGCAGAUCGAUAUCUUCACGACUUAGCUCAAUACGCAUUUGGAGUUCUUCACAUCAUAACACUUAUGCCAUACAGCCGCAAAUUGAUAGUGCAUGCUACAUUAAGCAACAGCCGCAAUGGUAUGACCGUUUUACUUGAUAUAGCAAACAGUGUUGUUGGCUAUGUUGAUCCUGAGGUGAUAUGUCCAGCACUGAAUGUGCUUGUCAAUCUCGUAUGCCCCCCUCCUUCAAUCAGCAACAAGCCGUCCUCAACUGCCAAUCAGCAACCUGGGAGUUAUUCAGAAAGCAGGGACAGGAAUGCUGAAAGAAUUACUUCAGAAAGAAAUCUAGCAGCGAACCAAGGUGAAUCUGGCACACCUGUAGUGCCAUCUGGAGUUGUUGGUGAUAAGAGAAUAUCGCUAGGCAUAGGAGCUGGGGGUCCUGGUCUUGCUGCUCAAUUGGAGCAAGGGUAUCGCCAAGCUCGAGAAGUAGUCAGAUCCAAUAAUGGUAUAAAGAUUCUUUUACAGCUUCUUAGUACUCGGAUGGUUACACCUCCUGUGGCUAUUGAUGCUAUUCGAGCCCUUGCCUGUCGUGUACUGCUUGGCUUGGCUAGAGAUGAUGCAAUUGCUCAUAUACUGACAAAGCUCCAGGUAGGGAAGAAAUUAUCGGAACUGAUUCGUGAUACCAGUACCCAGACAUCUGGAAGUGAUAAUGCAAGAUGGAUAAAUGAACUGACCCAAGUGGCAAUUGAGCUUAUUGCGGUCUUGACAAAUUCUGGUAAAGAAACAACCUUAGCAGCAACUGAUGCUGCUGCUCCAGCGUUGAAGCGCAUAGAGCGAGCUGGCAUAGCUGCUGCUACUCCUAUCUCGUACCAUUCCAGGGAACUGAUGCAACUGAUACAUGAACAUCUCCUUGGAUCUGGUUUGGCUGCUACUGCUGCCAUGUUGCAGAAGGAGGCUGACCUUGCACCUUCGCAAUCAACUGCUGUGGUGCUAUCUGUCCAUCGGGGGGCCGUUGCUCAGGAACCAUCAUCUGUUCAAGUUCAGCAACAAUGGCCUUCUGGCCGUGUGCAGGGAUUUAUGCCCAACAAAACAUUGACUGCCGCAGAUCAAGCUGGCCAGAGAUCAGAUUCUGUUGUCCCUUCAUCUAAAAAGAAGCCAAUGGUCUUCUCACCCAGUUUUUCUAAACGAGCUCAACCCUUUCUUUCAUUUACUGGAGAUGCGGCGACAUCACAUAAAACACCAAUGCCGUUGUCACUUAAGAGGAAGCUUGCGGAUACGGACCUUAGUUUUGCAUCAGCAGCAAAGCGUCCUGCAAUAACUGAUCAAUCAUGCCAAUCUCCUGUAUUUAAAACUCCUGCUCCUACUCGCAGAGGCCUAUCUGUGGCGGUGGAUUCUCCGACCACUACUGCAUUUCAUCCAGGAAGGAGCAACAUUUCCACAGAGAACUUUGAAGAUUCUCAAGGCACGCCACAUCUUUGUGCAAAUGAUCAGCAAUCAGGAAAUUUAGAGCGCGUGACACUGGACUCACUGGUUGUACAAUACCUGAAACAUCAGCACCGCCAGUGUCCUGCUCCAAUAACAACUUUGCCACCAGUCUCUCUGCUGCACCCUCAUGUUUGUCCUGAGCCUAGCCGCAGCAUCAGUGCACCACCAAAUGUAACUGCCCGUAUGGGAAGUCGUGAGAUAAGCAGGGAGUUUAGUGGGAUCCAAGUACCUCGUAGGGAUCGCCAAUUUAUAUACAGCAGGUUCAGGCCAUGCCGUGUUUGCCGUGAUGAGUCUUCGCUGUUGACUUGCAUGACUUUUAUUCAAGAUGCAUCACGAGUGGCAGCUGGAAACCAUAGUGGCGAGUUAAGAAUAUUUGACAGCAACACUGCAGGUAUCAUAGAGACACAGUCAUGCCACCAACAUCUUGUUACAACGCUGGAGUCAGCAUCUUCUGGUGGUGGAAAUGAGCUGAUUCUCUCGUCGAGCUUAAAUGAGGUUAAGCUCUGGGAUGCUUUCUCAGUGUCUACGGGGCCUUUGCACACAUUCGAGGAUUGCAAGGCUGCUAGAUUUAACCAUACUGGAACUUUAUUCGCCGCCAUUUCUACUGAUGCAACUCGCCGGGCAGUUCUACUGUACGAUGUGCAGACACAUAAUAUUGAUAUGCAGCUUCCCAAUAACUCAAGCCUUGGUUCAGGCCGUAAUUAUGUACAUCCAAUUAUACAUUUCAGUCCUUCAGAUGACAUGUUGCUGUGGAACGGGUUCCUGUGGGAUAGACGCAGUCCCAACCCUGUCCAUCAGUUUGACCAGUUCACAGACUAUUGCGGUGGUGGCUUCCAUCCAGCUGGAAAUGAGGUGAUCCUAAACUCAGAGGUGUGGGAUCUGAGAAAAUUUAAGCUUCUGAGGAGCGUCCCUUCUCUGGACCAGACAGUGAUCAAAUUUAAUGGCAGGGGUGAUGUUAUCUAUGCCAUCCUCAGGCGUAAUCUUGAGGAUGUAACAUCCUCCAUUAAUACUCGUAGGGUCAGACAUCCUCUGUUCCCUGCAUUUCGGACGAUCGAUGCUGUCACGUACUCGGAUAUUGCAACCGUCCAAAUAGACCGUGGCGUCCUUGACCUUGCCAUUGAGCCCAACGAUUCCCUCCUUGGAGUUGUUGCGAUGGAUGAUCCCGACGAGAUGUUCUCCUCUGCUCGCCUAUUUGAAGUUGGCAGAAGACGACCGACUGAUGAUGAUUCAGAUCCAGAGGACGGAGGGGACACAGAGGAUGAGGAUGACGAUGAUGAUGACUCGGAGGUUGAUGCUCUCCUUGGGUCUGAUUUGGCGCUGGGGGACACGGAUUCAGAUGAGGAUCAAAGCAACAGCAGCGAUGAUGAGGGCGGUGACGACGAUGAUGACGAGAAUAUGAACAGUGGGAAUGAAAACGACGAUGACGAUGCCGAGUUUGAUGAAGGCGACUUUGCUGUGGCAGGUGGGCUGCUGGAGAUCAUGGGUGGCCGGGACGGCGAUGAGAGUGAUAUGAUCGAGUCCUUCAGUAGCGGCGACGACGAAGGCGGUUGGAUUAUGUAAGAGAGUAGAUGGUUUUAUUUUUGCAUGGUUAGGUUGCGGUUGCGAGGACAUCUAGUAAUGGGGCAUGAACUCUGAGGCGUUAGAUGUUGUAUGUAAAGCUGGUGAAACUUUGCUUCGUCAAUUCAAAAUUUUGGAUAA